UAUAAUUCUCCCACAGGUUUUUAAAAACCUCCGGAAUCCAAAGAAAAUACGCACAUCCUGAACUCAAGCUUCCCAUUCCAUGCUCUGUUCUCCCCUGCUCUCCACAUUCCUCCUCUGCUCCUCCAAAAAAGCUUGCAUCUUUUCAUCAUCACUUUCACUGAAACUCCUCAACUCACCAUCAAUGGCUUCCCUUUCCACCACCAACAUAAAAUCCUUCCUCAACACCACCUUCCUCCUCCUCCUCUGCUUCUUCUUCACCUCCCACAUCCGCUCUCCUUCCCCUCCCUUCUUCAACCUCCUCAACUCCCAACCGCCCACCCUCCCUUCCUCCAUCUCCUCCUCCUCCACCUCUCCUCCAUCCACCUGCAUUGCCUUCCAAAAACUCAAAGACCACAACUCCAAAUGCCACUUUCUCAAAACCCACCCACCCUGCGUCUCACAAGGCUACCUAAACUAUCUCCACCUCUUCUACUGCCUCUGCGGCUCUUCACCUUUCCUCGGCUACUGCCUCCUCUUCCUCUCCCUCCUAAUCCUCUUCUACCUCCUCGGCAACACCGCCUCCCAUUACUUCUGCUCCUCCGUCGAACGCCUCUCCCGCGAACUCCGCCUCUCUCCAACCAUCGCCGGCGUCACCCUUCUCUCGCUCGGCAACGGUUCUCCCGACGUUUUUGCCAGCAUAGUCUCAUUCCGUUCGGGUUCCGGCGAAGUUGGGUUGAGUUCGGUGCUCGGCGGCGCGUUCUUCGUCUCGUGCGUGGUUGUGGGGAUUAUCAACGUGGUGGCGGGAGCUAAGGGGAGAAGAUCGCCGAGGAUCGACCGAGCUAGUUUUGUGAGGGAUGUGUUUUUCUUCCUGGUGGUGUUGUCGUCGUUGCUGGCUAUACUUGUGGUGGGGAAAGUCGAUAUUUGGGCGGCAAUGGCUUUCACUUCGCUUUAUUUCGUUUAUGUUUCGGUGGUCUCGGCGACGCAUUUGUGUAGGGAGAAGUUUGAAGAUGAGGUUGACGUUAAGCCGUUGAUUGAAGAGGAGAGGGAGGAUAAUGCGGCGGAGGAGGAGACCGCCGACGUCUACAGUUCUGUUGAUCGUGACCAGACGGUUGAGGAAGCUGGCGGGCUGAAAGUAUCAUACUACCUCAGCUGGCUCUUAUACAUCAUCGAAAUGCCGCUGUACCUUCCCCGCCGGCUCACCAUCCCCGACGUGAGCGACGAACGGUGGAGCCGCCCCUACGCUGUCGCAUCCGCCGCACUCGCCCCGCUCCUCAUCGCCAGCUUAUGGAAUUCCAAACGCUCCAUCUCCAUGUCUUCCAAAGACUCCCUCACCCUCUACCUCUACGCCGCUCUCGCCGGCCUCGUCCUCUCCUCCCUCGCCGUCCACACCACCGAAAAACCCACCCCUCCCAAGUCCUCCCUCUUCCCAUGGCUCGCCGCCUCCUUCCUCAUGAGCGUUCUCUGGACCUACAUCAUUGCCGAAGAACUCGUCGGCCUCCUCGUCUCCAUCGGCUACAUACUGGGCAUCAGUCCCGGCAUACUCGGCCUCACUGUGCUAGCAUGGGGAAAUUCAAUCGGCGACCUCAUAGCCAAUCUCGCCAUGGCCACGAACGGCGGCCCGGAUGGAGCUCAGAUUGCCAUUUCGGGCUGCAUUGCGGGUCCCAUAUUCAAUACCUUGGCCGGGUUGGGUUUGUCGCUGGUGGUUUCGGCGUGGGCGGCGCGGCCCGAACCGUUUGAGAUUCCGGCCGGACCGGCGGUUUUUGAGAUAUUGGGGUUCAUGAUAUGCGGGUUGGUGUGGGCCCUGGUGAUACUGCCGAGGAAUGACAUGAGGUUGGAUAGGUUUGUGGGGAUUGGUUUAUUGGGGAUUUAUUUGUGUUUUUUGUCGUUGAGGCUGACGCAGAGUUUGGGAUUGGUGUAGAGAGGUGGGGAGCUGUGGGGGAUUGAGUUUGGAGGAGUCAUUCAGCUGCUUUUCAUGUAAAAUUAUUAGCCUUUUUGGAUUUUUUUUUUCUUUCUAUGUAUUUUGA